UCCAUCGUCGCGCACCAUUAUUACGUAACGGAGCAACUCAUGGUGGACGUGCCGAAGGAGAAGUGUAGGUAACAGGUUAUACAGCUAAGGCAAAAUAAAGAACACAGGUGGAGAGCAGGAGAGGCCCGUCAGGAUGGCCGGUGUGCUCUGUGGCAGAGCCAGGCUAGUGUCCUACCUGCCAGGCCUCCACGUUCUUGUAAGCAGGAUCGCGGGGGCCAGAGCCUUCUCUGCUGCGGGGUCCUCUGGCUCGGACGAAUCCCACCUGAUGUCGGCACCCUUCGAUAUGGGGCCCAGAACCGUGUGGCCAGAUGAGAAUAUGGGCCCAUUCGGUCCUCAGGACCAGCGUUUCCAGUUGCCAGGCAACGUGGGCUUCGACUGUCACCUACAAGGUACCGCGGAGCAGAAGAAGGGUCCGGUUCACAGGACGGUUCCAGACGUGCUGUCUGCCCCCUCCAGCAGCGAGAGGCACGAGUUUGUGAUGGCGCAGUUCAUCAACGAAUUUCAGGGGAAAGAAGCCCCUCCUGUAACUCAUAAAGUCAGCAAAGCGGAACAGUACUUUGACACCUCCAAUGUGGAAUGUGCCAUACAGUCUUGCCCAGAGCUGCUAAAGAAAGAUUUUGAGUCGAUGUUCCCAGAGGCUCCGUCCAAUGGCAUGACCGUCGUCACGGUGACACAGAAAACCCAAAACGACAUGACGGCGUGGUGCGAAGAAGUGGACGAGGAGAGGGAGCAGCUGCUGGAUAGAUUCAUUACUGGUGCUAAGGAGAUCUGCUACGCCCUCCGGUCGGCGGGAUUCUGGGCCGAUUUUAUAGACCCCAGCUCGGGACUGGCGUUCUUUGGCUCCUACACUAAUAACACACUUUUUGAGACGGAUGAGCGGUACCGGCAUCUGGGCUUCCGUAUCGAGGACCUGGGCUGCUGCAAAGUCAUCCAACAUGCACUUUGGGGGACGCACGUCUUCGUGGGGACGCUUUUCACCAACGCGCCUCCCCACAGCCUUGUCAUGAAGAAGCUGCAGGGAAACUGAGGGAGGGAUUUUCUUUGGGGGGGGGUGCGUGGUGGUAGGGGAUGGGGUUGGGUCUGGGGGGCGGUGAAGGCCGACCUUUUAAAAAAGCAUCACAGUAUCCGAAAUACAGACAAGUACUGUUUUUGUAACCUCCUCGUUUCCGUUCUGUGUAAUUUGUAGGAUUUGAAUGUAAAAAGUUCACUUUCACGCCUGAAAUUACACAUUUUCUCUGAACAGUUUGCACAAAUCAGUCUCCUUGAAGCUACUCGAGUUCGCCUUAUAUUCUUUUAUUGUUUUCAUAUUCAUUUCGAGACAGUUACAUUACUUCCUCUGAAAACGGCCCUGGUAGAGAGAUUCAGGUUGAAUAAAAUCUAGUCUUCUGAUACUGAGGCUUGACAAACUACCAGUGUGCAAUAUUGCCUUAUCAAUGUUACCCAUAAUGCAUCUGUGACCUUGCAGAGACCCCCGCCCGAGUUUCGGGUAGAUGGGUUCUCGUGCAGAGUGGAGGUUCAAUCCAGGAUACCUGUGAUGCUUAGUAAUGCUUGAAGUAGAGAGUGGAAACACUGUUAUUCUUAUUCAGUGACAUUGAGGGAUUUCUGCCGAUGCGUUUCAGCUCGAUGAUUCUGUGGCAGCUUUCAAUGAAACAUAAAUAAACCAAAUCACAAAAAAAGAAA